AUGACGCGCGGGGCGAUUCGGGACGAUCCGACGAGCGCGCGGGCGGCGAAACAUUGGAGCGGGUCGGGCGAGGUGCGGUACGAUGGUGCCGUCGCGCGGGAGGUGUACGAGAGCGAGCUGCAAGGGGGGCGGCGAAUGCCGGAGACGGCGCGGGUGCGGGUGUUGGACGCGACGUCGUACGGCGAGCGAUUCUUAGCGCGCGGGUCGCGGGCGCGGGCGUCGUGCGACGUCGCGCACUGCGUGUCCGUCAUGCACGUCGUGGCGGAGAAGUUUCGACAGGACGUUGAUGGGUUCUCGAUGUUUGAGGGUGCGGAGAACGAGGGAUCGUUUAGGAAUGUGUUCGAACGCGCGCUGGACGAGUACGAGCGCAUGACGACGACGGAGAAGACGGCGUGCGUCAUGUUUGCCAUUCGCGCGUUCGCGUCGUUGGAGAAGGAGACGGUGCGAAAGGUGAUGUUGCCGCUCGUCUCCUUACCGCUGUGGACGAAAUUAAGCGACGGGCGGUUGCGAUUGGAGUUGACCAAGCACGAGGCGCUGGCGAAGCAUCACGCCAAGCUCUUGAAGAAGGAAGCCAAGGCGGCGAAAAAGGCGGCGGACGAGGGCGCGACGCACGUCCCGAUCACCGAGCGCAGAGAAUCGUGCUGGUUCGUUCGAAUGAUGGACGAUUUCAUCGCUCGGGCCGCUGAGGUGGAGGAUGAGCAAUCGGUGCAGUUUUGCGAGCGCUUCAUGGAGCUCGCGAUCGAUUUGCUCUCGCAGCUCCCGACGCGUCGAUUCACGCGAACGCUCAUGAGCGACAAGGCACUGUUGGUAAAGUCGCGCAUGGUUCCGCUGUACGCCGCCCCGAGCGGGCGCCUGUACGCCCAGUUGGUCGAUCUGUUCGCCUUUUACAUGUACUUUGAAAUCGACGAUCACACGGGCGCGGCGCUGAACGACGAGGAUAUCAUGUCCGCGCAUCACGAUCGUUUGCUGCAGCUUCAAAGGCUCGCUUUCAAGCACCACAUGGAUAAAUUGAAAGAUCUCGCCUUGGGUAACUGCGCAGGGAUCGAGAGACGGAAAAAUCUCAUCGAGCAUCUCUCCGCGCUCGAGCCCGAGGAGUUGCGAAACCUCGUCACGUCCGAGCUCCUGCUGGUGGACCCGGAGGAUCCCAUGGCGCAAGACCCGAAGUUCUUGCUCGAGGUCAUGGUAGACACGUUCGAAAAGCGUCGAAGUCAGCGACAGAUGAUCAAUUCGAUGCCGCUUUACCCGAACGAGGACGUGUUGUGGAACGAAAACAUCAUUCCGAGCAUCGAGUACGACGGCCAACGCGCACUCGCGCUGCCAAAGUUGAACCUGCAGUUCUUAACGAUGCAGGACUAUUUGCUCAGAAACUUCAACCUGUUCCGAUUGGAAGCGACGUAUGAGAUUCGCGAAGACCUGGCGGAUGUGAUGAAGCGCAUGCAACCCAUGGGGAACGGCGAGGGCGCUCGCGCGCGUUUCCAUGGCUGGGCGAGAAAGGCUGUGGAGAUCCCGCCGAGCGGCGUCACCGUUGUGGACGUGACCAAGCCUAACGUCGGCGAAUCCAAGCCAUCGUCCGUCACGGUAGAAGUUUCAGUAGACUUCAAGUCGGCCCGCCCGGAUGUGCGCCAGGAGUGGGAUCAGUUGCGCGUGCACGACGUCGUCUUCAUGCUUGACGUCGAGGGCACGGGUCCGAGUUCAAGCUCUGCAAAGAACCCCGCCGAUCACUUCGGGCUUCGCCACGUUCGAGGCGCCGAGGUGAUCAACAUUCGCGACGGCGAGGGAACGUUUCUCGACGCUUUCAAGUCGCGGAACCCGCGCGAGGAUGACGGGGAACACAAGAAGGUAACCGGGACGAGGCGCGUGUUUACGCUCGCCCUGGACACGGCGCAGUAUCAGAUGGAUGUCAACAAGCAUAGGAAUGGCGAGGGAGAGGACGUGUAUAGACGUCUCAAUCUGCUCGUCCGGCGCGAGUCGAAGGAAAACAACUUCAAGGCGAUUCUCGCGUGCAUUCGUGACUUGAUGAACGCUGAUGUCAGCAUACCAGAGUGGCUGCACGACGUCUUCUUGGGCUACGGCGAUCCCACGGCGGCGGCACUUUUGAACACGCAUGAGGCACUUCACACGAUUGACUUCAAGGACACGUUCCUAGAUGAAGAUCACUUGGCACAAUCAUUCCCAGAGCAAAAGAUUGUCUGGAAAAACCAAGCGAAGAAGCACGUGGCUCCGUUUCGCGUGACGUUUCCGCAGCCCGAGGACGAGCGCCAAGACGUGAUCGAGGUGGAGUCGUACAUCCCUCCCGAUCCCGGUCCGUACCCGGAAGAUCAGCCCAAUUUGAACAAGGUACGCUUCACCCCGGUGCAAGUCGCGGCGAUCAGGGCCGGAUUGAAUCCGGGAUUGACCAUGGUCGUCGGCCCUCCGGGCACGGGAAAGACGGACACGGCGGCGCAAAUUAUGCACUGUCUGUAUCACAACGAGCCCGGUCAGCGCACGCUUUUGAUCACGCACUCGAACGCGGCGUUGAACGAUUUGUUCGUCAAGCUUUUACAGCGCGAUGUCCCCGCGCGAUAUAUGUUGCGUCUCGGCCAAGGGGAGUCAGAUCUCGACACCGAGCUGAGCUUCUCACGACAGGGACGCGUUGACGCCAUGUUAAAGAAGCGCUUGGAAAUCUUGGCCGAGGUUGAAAAGCUCGCGGACUCGAUCGGUUUGAACGGUGAAGACGUCGCGUACACGUGCGAGACCGCCGGUUACUUUUGGAAGAUUCACGUGUUCGCAAAGUGGGAGAAGUUCACGGCAGAUUUUGAGGCGAGCGACUCGCCGAGUUUCGUCGCCGAGUCAUUUCCGUUCAAAGACUACUUUGCGAGCGCGCCGAACCAACCGCUAUUCGCGGGAAAAGACAAGGAAGAUGACUUAAAGCGCGCGAAAGGGUGUAUGCGACACUUGCGCGUGAUGUUCACCGAACUCGAAGAAUGCCGCGCGUUCGAGUUACUUCGCGUUCAGGGCGACCGCUCCGAGUACUUGCUCACGAAGCAGGCGAAAAUCAUCGCCAUGACGUGCACGCACGCUGCGCUAAAGAGACAUGAUUUCAUCAACCAAAGCCUGCGAUACGACAACCUGGUGAUUGAAGAAGGUGCGCAAAUACUGGAGAUUGAAACCUUCAUCCCCAUGCUGCUGCAAAAGAACGAAGACGGUCACUCGCGUCUCAAGCGUGUCGUCAUGAUCGGCGACCACAACCAGCUUCCGCCCGUAGUGAAACACAUGGCGUUUCAAAAAUACUCGAACAUGGAUCAAUCCAUGUUCGCGCGCUUCGUGAGACUUGGCACGCCCUACAUGCAACUCGACGCCCAAGGUCGUGCGCGGGCCGAGAUCGCCGAUUUGUACAACUGGCGGUACAAGAACUUGGGCAACUUGCCCAACACGGCGGAGGGCGCGUACACGCUCGCGAACGCCGGCUUCGCGCACCCCCUGCAAUUCGUGGACGUGCAAGGGGAAGAGUCCGCGCCCACUCCGUUCUUCUACCAGAACCUCACCGAGGCGGAGUACCUCGUGAGUGUGUUCCAGUACAUGCGCAUGUGCGGAUACCCAGCGGAGAAGAUUUCCAUCCUCACCACGUACAACGGCCAAAAGGCGCUGCUUCGUGACGUCGUGAAUCACCGGUGCGCCAAUCACCCGCUGUUCGGUACCCCGCGUGACAUCACUACCGUGGAUAAGUUCCAAGGUCAGCAGAACGACUUCAUCUUGCUCUCUCUGGUGCGCAGCAACACGGUGGGGCAUCUCAGAGACGUGCGCCGUCUCGUCGUCGCGUUUUCACGCGCUCGACUAGGCCUGUACGUGUUCGGCAAUCACGGAUUGUUCUCCGAGUGUUUCGAGUUAGCACCCGCGUUCGAGACGUUGGCAAAGUACCCCACCGCGUUGGAGCUGUGCGUGGGUGAAAAGUACGGUGAGUGCGAUCGAAAGAUGACCGACGAGGGCGAGAAGACUGUGUUGGACGACGGCAACGCCAUGGGCGCGCUCGUCAACUCUGAGGCCGCCAAGUGGCAGGCGAGCCAGAUGGCUGCUCACAGGUGA